AGUUAUGCUUACCUACUGGACAUUCCAACAUUGAGGAUGAGUAUACACACGCAUGUUAGCUGAUCUAGGAAAAAUUUCAAAACGAUACUCGUGCAACCUCAAAUUCGUCAUGAUUGUUGAAUUUACAUUGUGUUUGAUAGUGUUUGCAUUAUUCCGUUUUGUACUUGUGAGUGGACACAUCGCUCAAGAUCUCCCCCCUGGUCCGUAUCGAUGGCCUUUAAUUGGAAAUGUGGUCGAAAUGGCACUCGCAGAUUUGAAGUAUCCCCACAAAGCGUUGGGAUUAAUGGCCAAAAAAUACGGUGACAUCAUGGGUCUUGGAUUCGGUGUGCAUUACAUGGUUGUCAUCUCAUCUUACGAAGCAAUAAAAGAUAUUCUAUCAAGACCAGAAGUUUCCAUGGCUCGAUUAGUUUGGCCAUUUGUAGCAGAUCGAGCAUACGGGAAGACUAAUAUGGGAAUAAUCUGGAACGGAUUUGAAUCUUGGCAAGAACUGAAACGAUUCACAAUUCGUACCAUGAGAGAUUUUGGAUUUGGAAAGAGAAAUUCGAUGACUGUCGUUAUGCAGGACGAAGUGAAAGAUUUAGUGGCUGAGAUCAAAAGUCAGAUAUCGACGGAUGGCGUUUGGGACGUGGACGCCUGGUUAUUAGCAUCUAGUGCGAUCAACAUUCUCUGGUCUCUCGUUGCUGGGUACAGAUUUUCCUUAGGGGACGCGAAAUUGAGGAGGGCUGUUCAACUUAAUGACAACAUUGUCCAUGCUGUGGGAUUUACAAAUAAGUACUCAAUAUUUCCCUGGGUGAAGGACUGGUUUCCGAAAUGGAGCCGACAUGAAGAACAUGUAGCUUGCUAUGAAGAAAUGCAAGUAUUCCUGAAGGACAUUAUAGAUGAGAUCGACGCUAAACGAAAAGCACGAAGCAAUCCAGACCCUGAAAGCUUUAUUGAAGUUUUUCUUCACGAGGCAGAAAAACGUGGUGGAAGCGAUGAAAAUUAUAACAUUGAACAGCUCAUAGUAAUUCUGCAAGACUUGUUUCUCGCCGGGUCGGAAACUACGAGCAACACUGUAAACUGGCUGCUCUUGUAUGUCGCUAUGAAUCCCGAAGUGCAGAAAAGGGUACAAAUGGAGAUUGCAGAGGUCAUUGGACCAAACAACGUUCCAACGCUCCACCAUGAAAAUAGAAUGCCAUAUACAAAAGCUACAAUUUUGGAGACGUUUCGAACCGCCAUUAUUCUACCAAUGCCAGGGCCUAGGGUUGCAACGCAAGACUUGACCGUGGGCGAGUAUGUUAUUCCCAAGGGAGCUGGCGUGACUUACAAUCUGGGACCCAUGUUGGGUGACACGGAAUAUUGGGGAGAUCCACAAGUUUUUAGACCAGAACGAUUCUUACGUAAAGAAGACCAAGGGGAGUACCAAAUUGUGAAGGCGGAGAGAAUUUUAAUGUUCGGAUUUGGGAGGAGGAUUUGUCUGGGCGAAAGUCUUGCCUGGAAUUCGUUAUUCCUGUAUACAACCACGCUUCUGCAGAAAUUUGAGUUAUCAAUCAUUCCAGGGAUGGAACCAUCAGGGAUUGCAAUAAGUUCGGGGACGCUGUCUCCAGAACCGUAUCGAUUACGAGUAAAAUGUAGAGAAGAGUAAUUAAAUAAAUGAAGUGGCUCAGUCCAUUUGUGUCGCAUUGAAAAUUUUAAUUGUAAUGAGUCGUCUCAAGGUGCAUGCGAUUUGAUACGUGUUUUGUGUAAAUUUAAGAAAUAGGACUUACAAUUUUACUACAAACGUAUGUGUAUGCAGGGUAUUGGAGUUCUAAAUUGUUAUAAAGCUACAUGUUGUUUUGCACAA